GUUACACACACUUCAGUGUUUCUACUGUGCAGGAAACAAGGUGUCCAGAUGUUUUCACGUUUAGCAUUCGAAAUGUUGAAAGUGGAGAAGGAGAAGAAAUACAACCCCAAAGACCCCACAAUGACUUUAGUUGACAGGAAGGACGACCUGGAUCCAGUGUCUUCAGAAGACGGUGAUGGUGGUCUCCGAGCAGUGAUGUCCUGUGGCCACGCUGUCACCGCAGAAUCUCUAACACAGUGGUGUCGCAGCCGGCUGGAUCAGGGCAUUUAUAAAUUCACAUGCCCUGCACUGGUAGAGGGAACCAAACUGUGCAAUAAGGAGUGGUCGUAUAUAGAAGUUCGCCGACUGGCCAUUCUGUCUGUGUCGGAAAUGAAGAAAUUUGAACGGACCAUGGCUCGUAUGACUGCUGCAGAGCACUGUGACAUUCAGCAGUGCCCACAGUGCAAGACGUGUGUGGAAAGAAAGGAUCUCUCUAACCUGUGUGUCGUGUGCAUCAUCUGCUCAGCCGAUCAGAAGACGCCAUAUCACUUCUGCUGGCAGUGUCAGAGGAAGUGGAAAGGUCACGGCCCCCGGUCCGACCGCUGCGCCAAUGACGGCUGUGCCAACAAGGACCUUCAGCUUCUGCAGACAUGUCGCACCAUCAAUCUGCCUGAUGUGAAGGGUGUCACCAACUGUCCAUCGGUGAGGGCCUGCCCUACAUGUGGUUUGAAGGUGGAGCACAACAAGCAAUACUGCAAAAACAUUGAAUGCCCUCGAUGCCAUGUGCCGUUCUGCUUCCUCUGCCUGAAACUAAAGCGUGAAUGUAACAAGACCAGUUCACCGUACAAAAUCUGUCCGGGUGGUGUGGCUCCCAGACAAACCUCUAUCCCUGUGUGGCAGAGAAAAUAAAAACGAUAUAAAAGGUCUGUCUUUACCUAAAGUAGCAGUCUCAAUCUACUCAAUUAAAUAAAUGUCUCUUAAAGGUUCACGCAUUAAGAUUUAGGUGACGGGGAUCUAUUAAAAGAAAUGUAAUAUAAAAUCGCAUUGCACAGGAGUGGGUCCCCCAUGUCUUUUACAGUGCAGGACUUUGAACUUGUUGUCUGUGGCUGUUUGUCAUGUGAAUUGCCUCUUAUUGGCAAUUCCCACAAAAAGCUGUAAUAAUUAGUAGCUAACACCAACGAACAUUUCCUACUGUUGCUGCUUCACAUCAAAACAUUGUAAGGAUUACUAACUACGCACCUAAAGAUGUGUACUUGUUACUCAGCUCCGCCUCAUCAUUCAAACAGUUUGUGCAAUCGUCUUUAAAAACCUUGCAGCUUCUUAUUCAUUUGCUUUGUGAUGUUUUACCGCAUCAUAAGAGAU